AUGGCCCCUGCAGUGGCCCAGGCCCAUGGCCCACGCCCCCUCCAUGCGCCCUGCAGUGCGGAGCCUUCCCGUGGCCGUCCCCAGGGUCCCAUCGGCUGCUUGGGAGAGGCUCUCUGGGAGGAGACGUGCGCCCCCGGGGCAGGCCGUGGGCGCGGGUCGCUGGGGGUGGGAUGCGCUGAGCGCGCCCGGGCUCAGCCGGCGGCGGGCGGGAGGUGUGGGGCUGGGAGAGCCGCGGCUGGGGGAGUGGGCACCGGCUGGGCCGUGUGGGCGCUCCUCGCCGCCGCCGCGCUCGCCGCCCAGGCUUUCCCCCAGACGAACAUCAAGAUCAGCCAAGCCAUGCCAGAGCCCGUCCACGCCUACUCCUGCCCGCUCUUCUGGACAGAGUACGAAGGCCAUUGCUACCGGUACUUCCCCAUCAACAAAACCUGGGCUGAAGCUGACCUCUAUUGCGCCGAGUUCUCCAUUGGCAUCAGAUCAGCCAAGCUGGCCUCCAUCCAUAGCUGGGAAGAAAACGUCUUCGUCUACGACCUGGUGAACAGCCGUGUGCCGGGCAUCCCCACCGACAUCUGGACGGGGCUCAACGACCUGCGGCAGGAGGGUCACUUUGAGUGGACGGACGGCUCCUCCUACGACUACCACUACUGGGACGGCAGUCAGCCCGACGACGGGAUCCACUCCAUCCCGGAGGAGGAGGACUGUGUGCAGAUCUGGUACAGGCACAGCAGCGCGCUACGCUCCUGGAACGACAAUGCCUGCAGCAGAGCCUUCCCCUUCGUCUGCAAGAUCCCCUCGCUGGCCCUGGACUGA